AUGGCAUGUUCAACCAAUGGGUCCAACUCAACGGUGCAGGAUCGAAUAUUUCAUGCAGAGGCAGCUCCAGCAUGCAAGGAACUCGUGUGGCUUGCAUGCAACGAGGAACUAGAAGUGAGAUCUUUGUUGUUCGCAAAAGGGAAUGUCGAAAACGACACGUGCCCAUGUUGCGGCAAGUACAGUGAGACAACGAUGCAUGCUUUGAUGCAGUGCGAGGAAGCGAAGUGCAUUUGGUUUGGGUCGCCGUUGGGGCUGAGAGUGGAACUGCUGCAUGAUAUCACCACCGUGUCGGAAUGGAUCGGUGAAUGUGCGAGUUUCAUGGAUAAAAAGGUCCUGGGCAUGGUGUGCGUGAUCAUGUGGGCAGUGUGGGAAAAACGCAACGUUUGGGUUGAGCAACGCAAGAAACUUGAUUUUCCAGAAGUUAUGGCGAAGGCCCACUCCAUGUUCUUUUCAGAUGAAUGGAUUCUGCCUUCGUAUCCCCAUGUCAAGGCCAAUUUUUCUGCUUCUGUUAAAGACAGUGUUGGAACUGCAAUGGGAGUGGUUUUCAGAGACUUUGCCGGUGUCCCACAAGCAUGUGCAACAAAUUUGAUGGAAAAACAGUGUUUUGAGGAGGGAAUUGCCUCGUUAUACAGUCACUGGAACGAAGUGAUACGAGGAAAAGUGAACAGUGAUGGUUUCUUCCUUGAUUCGCUUCUAGAAGAUUGCAAAACGAUGAUUCGGAGAACGAAAUCGUGUCUGAGAUUGGUGGGUUGUGGAGGGAACAAAGUGGCACGGUUUAUAGCUUCAGAAGCUUUUGUUUAUGGUGAACGAGUUUGGACUGAGGAGGUCAUGGAUGAAGCAACCCAGUAUGUAAUUGCUGAUGUUCUUGGUCCACUCUCGUUAGAGUAUUCUGAUUUUGAUUCUGAUUCUUUUCAUGAUUUUUAA